AUGGGUAGUGACUGCGACGGCGGGGCGGAGAAUAUGAGGCAUCAGACGUCACCUGACAGUAAGAGGCCCGGCGACAAGGGGCAGCCCCUGGUUGGACUGGUACGCAUGAUGAAGGGGGCGUCUGUUGGAGAUUCAACGCAGGCAGCAUUUCGAUCUCCUCGUGCCAACACCUCCGAUUCCCGGUCAGGGCAUUUCGAGUCAUCGAUCGUUGCACCAAACGCACCGCUUCUCGCCAAGCGUUGGCCCCUAUCGGUGCCCCGGCCUUCCAAGUCGCAACUUUUGCGGCGGGAGCACUUUCAUGGGGUGAAACCUACGGGAGGCGAGAGUGGAUUUCGGACACCAAAGUUGAUCAUCUGUCUAGUUUGUGGAACGUUACGGAAUCCAGAUCGGACCAUCCACAACAGGCUCUGCAGAUGCUUCUGCAAUCAACAAGAGGGUGAAGAAGCAGACGAUAUAUUCGUGGACAUGGAAAUGGGAGGACUGCUCAAAGAGGUUCUAGACGAGGAACUCCGUGGGGACCUCGAAUGGCACACAAGGGAGGAGCUUGAAGCGGAUGCGGAAGAAGAGAAGGAAAAGGCUUCUCUGCGUGCCAUGUUCCCUCUGCUAUAUGCACGUCUCGCCAUUCGAAGUCGUGAGCACACAAAGGAACCCCGGGCUCGCGGACUCCAGUAA